AUCUUUGCUGUACAUAUUGACGGAAUAUAGCCUAUGCUGAGGGAUCGACAAGUGCCGGGCUGCGCGGGGGUUUGCUGCUGUGCUGCUAAAUGACCGCAUGCCUUUAUGCUUUUUUUUGCCCUUUUUCCCUAUUGUCUUUCGGGUUCCUUCACUGUCCUUACUGUACUGUGCGUAGUAUUGAUGAUGUGAGAGGGGAGUAUGUACACCAACUUUGUACACCAAAGGAUGGGGAGGAUUCUGCCCGAGGAUACCACACACUGUUCCCUCUUGGACAUUUUCUCAUCCCCCUGUGUCUUGCAUGCCCGAGAUGCGGGUCGUUCGGGCUUGACCCAUCAGUACUCAGAAAUAUUUAUCGUUUUUAUAUCUGUACUUUUCCCGGACCUCUGGGAUUUCUUCUGCCAGCUGAAGGGGUUUCGAAAAAAAGAGAAAGAGUAAGACACUCGAACAAUAUGACCAAAUAAACUCUACGUUCGCCUAGCCAUCUCCCAGCCCACUUACGUUCCUUUUUGAUAUUUAUGAUUAUGAUGAUGAUAACGGUUUGAAUAUGAUCAUAUUAUCUGUCCUUCCUUUUGAAUAAAAUACGCCUCGGAUCCGUCAUUCGCUUUACCUGAUCCAAGCCAAUUGCCGAGAACAUU